AUGGGGAAGAGAAAGGCCAGAGGGUGGUUGUCGCCGCCGUUCUUUCCGCCGUCUUCAAAGCUUGCAUGGUUUACAGUGGCUGUGAUUGCGGUUUUUGGGUUUGUGGUGUUUCCUGCCCUAAACUAUUCCACUUUUCUGUUCACUUAUCCUUACUUGAACACUCCGGCGGCCUACCAUGGAUCUCCACCCGGCGAUCUCCGGCAGCUGGAGAGCCAGAAGGACACCGGCGAUUCAAGACUGACGGCGCUAGUAGCGACGGAGGAGGAAAUAGGGAAGGGGUUGCAUGAGAGUAACGUCACCGGAGUUUCAAGACUGCUGGCAUUAGUGACGACGGAGGAGGAACUAGAUAAGGGGCUGCAUGAGAAUAACGUUACCGGCGAUUCAAGACCCAUAUUAUCGGCACCGGAAGCUGGCAUAGGCAACGACGAGAGACAAAACGGCAUAUCUUCUGAUGAUACCGAGGAUUCAAGAAAACCGAAAAGGUAUACGUAUACCAACAUGGAGAUAAUAGAAGCCGAUCUUGCCCGCGCUCGAGCUUCCAUCUUAAGCGGCGGCGGCGGGACACAGACAAAAGAUGAUGAUGAUGACGUCCCUGUCGGUCUCAUGUACCGGAACGCUUCGUUCUUCCUCAGGAGCUACGAGGAAAUGGAGAAAACAUUGAAGGUGUAUGUGUACGAGGAUGGAGAGCCGCCAAUGGCUCACUACGGUCCCUGCAAGAGCACAUACGCAAUCGAAGGUAAUUUCAUUAGUGCAAUGGAUUUUAGCCCCUUUCGCACCACCCAUCCCGACAAAGACCACCUUUACUUCCUCCCCUUCAGCAUCACCUUCCUCACCAAACUGGUUUAUAAACCAAACUCCCAUGAUUGGACUCCCAUGAGGACAACUGCAUUGGAUUAUGUCAACUCUCUUGCGAGGAAAUACCCUUUCUGGAAUCGCUCCCUCGGCGCCGAUCACUUCAUGCUUUCUUGCCAUGAUUGGGGGCCGUCAAUAUCAUUCGGAGUUCCGAAUCUGCACAAUAAUUCUAUCCGGGCAUUAUGUAACGCCAACACCUCAGAGCGGUUCGACCCGAAGAAGGACGUAUCCAUCCCAGAAAUCGUCCUCACGUCCGGCACGACUGAGGGCUUGCUCGGCGGCCCGUCGCCGUCGAAACGGCCGGUCCUGGUCUUCUACGCCGGCAGGCUGCGCGGCCCGGUGCGGCCAAUUCUGCUGCAGCACUGGGAGAACAAAGACGAAGAUGUUCAGGUCCACACCAAUCUCCCGACGGGCGUGUCGUACAACGAAAUGAUGCGGAAAAGUAGGUACUGCAUCUGCCCUAGCGGGUACGAGGUUGCCAGUCCGAGAAUGGUGGAGACGCUGUACAUGGGGUGUGUCCCCGUGCUCAUAAAACGCGGCUACGUGGCACCGUUCAGUGAUGUGUUGAACUGGGAGGCGUUUGCGGUUAUUAUUCCGGUGGAGGACAUCCCUAACCUCAAGAAAAUCUUGACGGGAAUUUCGCAGAGACAGUACAUAAGGAUGCAGAGGAGAGGAGUUAAGGUUAGGAGGCAUUUUGAGGUUAAUUCUCCGCCGAAACGUUUUGAUGUCUUCCACAUGAUUCUCCAUUCCAUUUGGCUCAGAAGGCUCAAUGUUCGACUUCACCAUCUCAAUAUGUAACACUACUUUAAUUAGGGUUCUUAAUUGUCUAAAUUUUAGAAAGAAAAAAAAAGUUUUCAUUUUUAGAUCAUUUUUUCUGGUACUUACAAAAUUGUUUGGAUCAGAUCGGAUCGGAGAAGUUAUCGUUUUUUAUUCUUGUAAUUUGUUGUAAUGGUUUGCUCAUCCAUUGUAAUAAAGUUUUGAAUAAUUUUGUGAUUUGGUUGCA